AGAAUAUGUCACAUUUUGUUUAUCAGUUCACCAACUGAUGGACAUUUGGGUUAUCUCCACCUUUUGACUCUUAUGAAUGAUGAUGCUGAUGCGAACAUUCGCCUGCCAUUCUUUGUCUGGACAUACACUUUCAUUUCUCUCGGGUAGAUAGUAGGAGCAGAAUUGCUGGGCUGUAUCGUAUAUUUAUAUUUAGUUUUUUUAGAAACUGCCAAACUGUUUUCCAAAGUGGCCGAACCAUUUUGUAUUCCCACCACAUCCUCACCAACACUUGUUAUUGUCUGUGGGUGAAAGACAAUAGAUGGAGAAGUAGGCAAAAAGCCAGGAGAGAGUUAGUGUCAGAGUGCCAAAGGAGAAAGAGUAGGGUUUCAAGAAAGGGAUUGGUUACCAUUGUCAAACAGUGCAGAGGGGUCAUGUGGAGAAAAAGACACCGUGUGUUCAAUCCAUUGGCUUUGGCAGCAUGAGAUCAUACGUGACAUUAACAAAAGCGAUCGACAGAGAAAUACCUGCUCACAAAGUUGAGUACCAGAUCUCGGGAGGAGGGGACGUAACUCGCUUAUGUUUUUCUUCUCUUCACAGAAUCCAAAAGAUGUGUUGACCAGGAGUGAGAACCAGGAUGUGAGCUAUUCCCUUGAAGUUCUAACGGUGAAGACUGUGUGCCAGAUACCAAUGAUGAAGGAAAUGCUGAAGCGAUUCCAAGUGGCUGUAAGUGUAGCUGAAGACACGGCUCAUCCCAAGCUUGUCUUCUCCCAGGAUGGGAGAUACGUGAAAAAUGGAGCAUCGGCCAGUUCUUGGCCGUUGUUUUCUUCAGCAUGGAGCUACAUCAGCGGAUGGAGGAACCCUCGGAAGAUCGCAGAGUUUGUGGGAAGAUUUCAGCACUUACACUGUGUUUUGGGAAAAAAUGUUUUCACUUCAGGGAAACAUUACUGGGAAGUUGAGACCCGGGAUAACCUGGAGAUUGCCGUCGGGGUGUGUCGGGAGGACGUCAUGGGGCUUGCUAAUGCUUCAGAAAUGGGCCCCCGUGUGGGCAUCUGGGCUAUCUGUUGGGGUUCCGCUGGCUAUCGGCCCCUGAAAAGCUCUUCUGUAAGUCCUACCAAGCAAGAGCCUGCUCUUAACCGGGUGGGAGUUUUCCUCGAUUCUGGGGCUGGGAACAUCUCCUUCUAUAGCGCUGUGGAUGGCACGCAUCUACACACCUUCUCUUGUCCUCUUGUCUCCCACCUCCGGCCAUUUUUUUGGUUGAGUCCAUUAGCAUCUUUAGUCAUCCCGGCAGUGACUGGUGGGAAAUGAGGCUGUUCCUCCCCUGCCCGAGAACCUCUCCCUGUACCCCAGCACAGGGACGUGCAUCCCUCGGCCCUCUUCUCUCUUCAUACAUACUGGUCCAGGCGGCACGUCCGUACCGUCCAUUCGCUCAGCUCCCUGCGCGUGCUGUGCGCACACAGGGAUGGUGGACCCAUUGGUUACCUUUCCAGCAGCCACUUGCUGCAUUUCCCUCCUCCUCUUCUGGUUCUUCUGAUGGAACUGUCGGGGGAGCACCGUCCUUGGGCUUCAGGGGAAGCAGCCCCACGUGAGGCAGUGCUGGCCAGUGAGCUGGGAGGAGACAUUCUCUAAGGCGCUUCUGGGGAAAGAUUCUGUAGCUUUAAGAAAGAGGUGUUUGAGGAGACACAGCCCCUCUUCUGAUGUCAGCAGCUGUCUCAGAACUGAGGAGAGCACAGUGACAGUGCACAGGAAGAAGAAACAUGGUCUUCACUGGCAUCGCUGGGCUCUUGGAAUUUCCUUAAUCUGACAUUCCUUAUUAUAGGAGAUGACUGCUCCCUUAUUGUAUAAGGCAAUUCAGGUUGCCUUUUGGUAUAGGAUUGCCUCACUUUCCCUGAAAUUGGACAGCUUUGUAGACUCUGUUUCUGUGCAGUCAUGUAAUUCCUCUUUUCUCCAGGAAGUACUGAGACCUCUCACUUUUCUGGAUCAGAAAGUUAAGGAAAUCUUCCCUUGCUCUGUGCUGUGACUCUUCUUCACCUGACCAUGUCUGUGCCCUCAAGUGUGCAUUUUGUUACCCAUCUGUCAGAUUCUUACGUUGUUUAUGCAGGCUGUUAACAUCACACCUAAAACGUUGGGACACACUUGCUAAGUAUUCAGACUGUGCUGCUGGCCUCUUUGGUAACGCUCUUUGACUCCUGCAGAAGUUCGGUGUGGGAGAGGGAAAUUAAAAUCCUCUUUCUGCAAGGAAGACAAUAAACUGUGAGACAAUAAACUUCUGUUAUGUCAAGCCACCCAGUUUGUGGUUUGUUAUGGAGUCUUAGGAAACCAGUACACUUGCCCAUCAGGACUUCCUCCAGUAUCUGCCUUAUUCAUUUCCAGUCCUUGGGAAACUCAUCACUAUCUUUCCUCCAUCCUCCUCUGGGGCUGUUGAGCCAGGUUGACUAGUUCUAUUACAAAGUCUUGCUCUCUGACUUCAGGUGGGUUCUUUGAGCUGCUUGGUGAACAACUUCAUUUUUUCAUCCCUUGACUUCCUUUUACAUCUCUGGUGGCAGUGAUUCCAAACCAUUUCCUCCUUUCUCAAGGCUUCAUGAGCCCACCUGCAUACUGUGGGGAAGGCAAACUUUACCUCUACCAGUCUUAGGUUUUCAGCUGGGAUCUAGCAAAAUGUCGGAUUAAUAAGAGAAAAACAGUUUAUUAACACAUGCAGCACACACCAAGCAGGAAAAACCUAAAAUGAAGAGUAACUCAAAGUGGAGGCUUAGAAUUGUGGCUUACAUAGUAUCUUUAAAAGAACAAUACAUUUGUGGAGAAAUGGCAGGAAAAACAGUCAACCUGCAAAGAGUGGCAGACUGUGGGAAGGUAAAUGCAUGUGAGGAAACUAAUGGAGUAAACGUUUUUUGCAGAUUCCUUGUUGGUGCGGUCUCCAGUAAAAGGGGAAUUUAUAUUCUUCCAUUUGGCAGGAAAGGGGAGCUUUUUCUGGGUUUGCUGCUCUUAAUUGCCUUCAGCUCAAAAUGAUUUUUAUGCCAAAGAGACCUAUUUUGGGCUCACACAUUGUGGUUUCCUUCAUUAUUAUUAAAGAACUUGCAUCUUUUACUGAGAAAAAUAUUAUUCUCUUGCUCUAUUAACAUUUUUUUGCCUCUUUUAAGUCUUGAUAUUGGCCCCUCUCAAGUAGGGGAUGGGACACAGGUGUAUUUACUAAAAAUGAAAUAAACUCUUAUGAUGCCUCUGAUGUACAAACAGAA